AUGAAUCAGAGCGGAAGCUCAAGGGCUUCGCCAUCUGACAGUCGUCGAUCCAGAUAUAAGACCGAGGUGAAGCUGGAGCUAAAUUUACUCGUUGGCCCUCGCCAUAGGGAUGCAUUUAACGAUAUUAGCAAACUUCCUGACAUUCUCCAUGAUAAUAAUAUCCCGGGCCCGCAACUAAUUCGCCUCGAUAAAGCUCCAGAGGAAUUUUCUGAUACUGUCGGAAAAGGCGGGCAAAGCAUUGUUCAGGCACCGUCCAAACCCUUCUCCGAUCGGUUGCUUAAUUUUGGUGAAGGCUCAAAGUCGGAGGAGAAUGUCCGGCGUUCUACCAACUUCUGGCGUCGAUGUGUCAUGAAACAACUGCGCCAUGGCCGACCAGGGCAAUCGCAUCUUGGCCAGGUUGAAUUUGCUCUGAACGAACUCAACAUCCUAUACAAUAAUAAAUUCAAGAGCUCGAAUGCCGUUCGACGCGAGGGCUGGGGCUUUGCUUGGAUGCCUUGGAGGAGCGAUCCUCCUCUCCCCGACUACCCUUACUGA